AUUAAGAGUGCCAGCCGCCGGGUUCUCCCUCUCGAGUCUAACCUCCUUGUGUUCUGGUCGUAGGUGUGGCCGGCGGAGUAGCUCUCGCUCCAGGACCGCUCUGUGUUCUCACCUCGUCGCCCUUCGGAGGGGACCAGAGUUCCCGAUUGUUUUUUUUAUUUUUUAUGCCCGGAUGCAAGCCGCCAACCUGUGAAUUCAUGAUCACAUGACCGUGGACAUGGACGCAGUCCUGUCCGACUUUGUCCGUUCGACUGGAGCUGAACCCGGACUGGCCAGAGAUCUGCUUGAGGGGAAGAACUGGGACUUCACCGCCGCUCUCAGCGACUUUGAGCAGCUGCGACAGGUGCAUGCCGGAAACCUGACCUACUCCAUCCCAGAGGAGCGGACGUAUCAGCCGCCGGAGAAGGACAUGGCCCGGGUCGGGCGGCCACUGCUCCACCGCCAAGAUGAGGUGGUGCAAGGUGAGAGCCCAACGACUCACAUUAACAAAACACAGGAGUGGUGGAGAUGA